AUGGAGAAUGAAGGCAGCACCCAGUCACCGCAAUCUAACUCCAUUCGAUAUAGAAAGAAGACCCUGAAUGCUUAUAUUGAUGGUUUGCUUGACCGAAUAAAAUCUCUGGAAUCCCAAUUAGAGACUUCUCACGAUCAAAUUGCACCUGGUCCUGGCUCAAGUCAUGAUGGAGACCAACAGACGUCACAAAGGUCCACCGAUAAUCACGAGAACUUACGGGUCGAUUUGAAUAAGUCUCAUGAGUACGAUGACCUUACCAACUCUUUGGUAGCCUCAGAACCUCAAAUUAAGGUGAAGCGCUACGGACAACCAACAUAUCUUGGUCACAGUUCGACCUUAUCAUUUAGUCGAAAUGUCCGUAACCUUCUACAACGCUCUACUCCAGUGGCAGACCCGGGCAGCGUCUCAGUUGAGCGGGAAGAUAUCUCCUACAACACCACACUGCCAGCUAUUAAAUUAGACUUGACCAGCAUCCCCCUUCCUCGUCUCCAAUAUGCGGAGUACUUGACUAGUACAGUGGUGGUGCAGCUCGGCUCACUGUACUGUCUCUUCGAACAAGAUUCUUUUGUUAAAAACCUUAGACUAUUCUACGAGGCACGAUCAAAAAAGGUAACUCAGGCACCCAGCCUCUGGCACAUCCAGAUGCUUCUUGUGCUUGCCUUUGGCAAGUCUCUUCUGUCAAGAGAGCACUCAGACAGUGGCCCAUCAGGAAUGACGUAUUUCAAAUUGGCAAUGGAGGCUUUUCCCGAUGUUAGACAACUGUGUGAAAACCCGUUGCUGGCCAUCGAGAUCCUGUGUUUAGCAUCCUUGUUCCUCCAUGCGGCUGAUAUGCUGCAAGAAUCAUAUAUUCUUAUCGGUCAAGCUCUGAGGAUAUCUGUUACUCAAGGAUUGAAUCAAGCUUUCCCUGAGCCCCUUCGGCCCCCAAAUGUCGAAUACAUGAGAAGAUUAUGGUGGUCGGUGUACUGCAUUGAUCGAAAAAGCGCGGCAUUACUCGGAAGCCCUUCGGUCAUGCGAGACGAAGACAUAACUAUUCCGGUGCCAAGUAUUCAAGAGGGCCAUGAGUCGCAGAAUGUGGUUUCAAUUCACGUCGCCCUCUCCUCCCAUCUGGGCAAGAUCUUAGACGUUAUCUAUGGAAUGCGCGGACACAGUCGGGGCAAGUUUGUGGUCGAAGUGCAAGCCAUCCUUUCACGACUUGCUGAGACCUCUUCGGUACUCAAUGAACACUUGGACCUGGAUACGGCACGAUCAAAUGAACCAAUCUCAAGAGACGCGACCACGCUUCAUCUUCUCUUGCAUCAGUGCGUCAUCCUCACCGUGAGGCCAGUCUUGUUCUCCCUUUUGAAACCGCUUCUCAGCCCAGAGAGCGCCUCACAGCCAUCCGCGUUCUCCUUUGAGUCUCUGCUGAGAAUGUGUGUGGAAUCAUCUAUUCGUAUCCUCCAAAUUAUGUUCACACUUCAGCAGCAAUCGAUGUGUGAUAUAUUUCUGCCUUAUGAUAUCGACGCACUUUUCUCAGCCAGCUUCGCCCUGUUGCUGAUUGAUAUCAUCAGACCAGCCAAGGAGCUACUGUGGGACCUUCCCAAGGUCAUUAAUCUCUUGGAUUCUUUCAUUGAGCGACAAGUAGCCCCCGCGAAGACUUAUAAAAUUGAUCUCUUACAGCUCAUUGAGCUUAAUAAGAAGAUCCAUGGUGCUAGGAGCAUGGUAGAGCAAGGCCAUACGAGUACUGCCGAUUCCAUCGACCAUGCUGGACAUGGAGGCGGCUACGUGCCUCAAGCUAUCAUGACAGACGCAUCGCCUGAUCCGAUUUGGUCGCGGGUCCGAGAUGGGGAGAAAAGUCUCAUCCCAAUGCACCCAGACACUAUCAAUUCUGUGAUUGAGGAUCUCAAUUUUGAGGGAGUGGAGUUGCUUGAUGCUACGAUGCCAGAUGACAGUUGGAUGUGGAACUUCAAUGACUUGUCUGAUCCGUCUUAG